AAAUAAAUGAAAUAAAAAAAAACAAGCCCUACCUUGUUCUUCUCUUUUCCAUCGGCGACGACCACCGUUCCUCUGCCUCUCUCUCGCCGCCGGAAAUUGCGUUGUCGUCUAGAUAUGAAUUCGGUUCAUUUCCAGUCACCUCAUCCCAUGCCUCACUGGUCUCCGAUGCUACCUCCGGACCCUCCUCGUUCAAGCGUGUUCUGGAACACGAACAACGCAUCUCAUCAGCUUAAAGAGCUCCAAGACACGCUUAAUCUGGCAAAAUCGAUGGAGAAAGAGCUGGAAGCAUUGAUGAUGCUCAGAGAUGGUAAGGGGGCAACGGAGAAUGCAGAACAAGGGUCUGUAGCAGAGUUUUUGCGAUAUUUAGAAGAUGGGAAGAUGGAUUUAGAACACCAGGCGACUCUUUCAGUGGAAGCAGCGAACUUGUUGAUGUCAAAGCUGAGUGCUCAGUUAGACCCUUUUAGGUUUGUGGUUGACGAGAAUAGUCCUUGGGAAGAGAGAUCCUCGGUUGUAGGAUUGGUGUCCAAAAUGCAGAAAUCCAAAAGGAACAAACUUUGGAGGAAGAGGAAGCGACAAUGUGUUGCCCAAGAGCGUGCUAAGGAGCAUGAACAAUUCGAGCAAGCUAAUCGAGAGGCCGAUGAAUGGAGGGCCAGGAAGAUGGCCAAGGACAUGGCAAACCGCAAGGUAGAAGAGAUGAAGGCGAUUGAGAAGGUCAAGGCAAAGCGAGAGAGAAAAAGACUAGAACCUGAGCUAGAAUUGGCUCUAAUUGUUGAAGAACUUCAAAAGUUGCGGUCCCUAAGAAUUGAAAAAUUGAAGAAACAAGGCUAUUUCCUCCCGGAGGAAGAUGACAAGUUCUUCGAGAGUGUGCGAGCUGCAGUGGAGCAAGAGGAGAACCAAGCUCAAUCUUCGAUUAACACAGAUGGCGAUAAUGAUGUUGCCACUGCAGAGGAACCUGGUAAGAACACCGAAAGUGAUGUCCCAAUCAGGGACAAUGAAACGAGCGAGGACAUGAACGAAGGGAGUUCCACCGCACUAGACAUUGGUAAGAAGGGACAAGAGAAUGUGGCAAAUCUACCCCUGGAUUUCUACCACUACUACUAUGGCAGCGAUCAUGAUAUCAGCAGACUUAUUGAGGUCAGAAGAGAAUGGGAUGCAUAUAUCAGACAUGGAGGAAGCCGCAUACCCGGUCAUUGGGUCCUGCCCUCGCCACCCGCUAAUGAGAUAUGGGCAUCUUACAUGGUGAAACCCAAUGGAAAUUCCGGCUAAAUUCGUCCAACACUAUCCAUGUCGAGCAGGAUUUCGGAUAGUUUACCCCACUUUCUAUCUGGUGGGUUUAGUUUGGUCUACUGUUGGUUAUUGGAUCCAAACUGUCGAGCUCAAAGCUCAUUUCUGUAAAGUCAUGUUGAAACCAGACGCUUAUGUCUUAGUUAUUGGAUUCAAUCUAUCGAUCUCAAAGCUCAUUUUUUUAAA